CCGGGCUGUGUCGCUAAGGGAAGAUAGGCUACUUGUAGAGAAGCAACAGAUCCCCCAGCUGGAAAGCAACAACACAUCUGGCGCGCGAGCUGAGCGUUUUUUCAGCAGGAGGAGCUGGAGCAAUAUCUCGGAUUAAAUUGAACGGGAUCAUUCUCAGGCGUCCUCGUCUUGUGCGGAGAAGAGAAAAGUUGUCAGGAGUAGGCUAAUAGUUUUGGAUUUUGGCGUUGCAGGAUUUGGAUACCAUUUGUCAAAAGGGGGGCGAGGAGUGACAAAUUACUUCAUGUUUAGUGGUCCAUCCUACAGGCCCGUAGCCUAGGCUAUUACCGUGCGUAAUUAACCAGUAGCCUAUAUUUUUUUUGUUGGCAACAACCUUGUGUUCACGGCGGGAAAUAAGCGCAACAUCUGAAGGCAUCACUUUAAACCACAUUGUGCCAUCUGUUCGACGAAAAUAAAUAAAUAAAUAAAUGCAGUGAGCCUGAUCACCUGCGUUUUGUUGCGACAUCAGGCUGAGUUUUGUAACAGGUGGUUUUUACCACUUUGGCGCUGUACAGACCGUUAGGUUAUUUCUCUUUUAUAAACGAGACACGGGACAUAAUAAGAGCUUGGGUCUGAAAUGAGGGCGCACUUUUGCUUUAAUUCUGUGAUUUUUGUACGAGUGGACAAUCCCUCCGUCUAAAUGAUAAGCUCGGUGUGUGUUUCCUCUUACCGAGGGCGCAAGUCAGGCAACAAACCUCCGUCUAAAACAUGUCUGAAGGAGGAGAUGGCCAGAGGUGAAGACUCGGACAAAAUUAUCAUCAACGUGGGCGGCACUCGUCAUGAAACCUACAAGAGCACCCUCAGGACCCUGCCAGGGACCCGCCUGGCGUGGCUGGUGGACCCCGACACGCAGGUCAGUUCAGACUCGGACGCAACGACCCCGAGUGCCACCGAGUUCUUCUUCGACAGGCACCCGGGCAUCUUCGCCUACGUCCUAAACUAUUAUCGAACCGGCAAGCUGCACUGCCCAGCCGACGUCUGCGGCCCGCUCUUCGAGGAGGAGCUGGCGUUUUGGGGGAUUGACGAGACCGACGUGGAGCCGUGCUGCUGGAUGACCUACCGGCAGCACAGGGACGCGGAGGAGGCCCUAGAUAUAUUUGAACCGCCGGACCCCGAGGACACCGACGACGACAGAGAGAUGCCUAGACGGUUCGGCAUAGAGGACUGUCCCGACAGGUCGAGGGGCUGCUGCGAAGUUUGGCAGCCGAAGAUCUGGGCUUUGUUUGACGACCCAUACUCGUCCAGAGCAGCCAGGGCAGUAGCAUUUGCUUCUCUCUUCUUCAUUCUGGUGUCCAUCACCACCUUCUGCCUGGAGACCCAUGAAGCCUUCAAUGAACUGCAGAACCGGACAGAGUUGGUUGUCAUAGGAAACGUCACACAAGAAAAGGAGAGGAGGGAGAUGGUGACUAAGCCCAUUCUCACCCUGGUGGAGGGCAUCUGUGUGGUCUGGUUCACAUUUGAAUUCCUGGUGCGUAUCAUCUGCUGCCCAGACAAGGUUGUCUUCAUCAAGAACACGCUCAACAUCAUUGACUUUGUGGCCAUUCUGCCAUUCUACCUGGAGAUGGGCCUGAGGGGUCUGUCAUCCAAAGCUGCCAACGACGUGCUGGGCUUCCUCCGUGUGGUGCGGUUUGUUCGGAUCCUGCGGAUCUUCAAGCUGACGCGGCACUUUGUUGGCCUGCGCGUGCUGGGCCACACGCUGAGGGCCAGCGUCAAUGAAUUCCUGCUUCUCGUCAUCUUCUUGGCACUUGGUGUUCUCAUUUUUGCCACCAUGAUAUACUACGCUGAGCGCAUUGGAGCCAGCCCCAAUGACCCCACUGGCUCCAACCACACACACUUCAAGAACAUCCCCAUCAGCUUCUGGUGGGCGGUUGUCACCAUGACGACGCUAGGCUACGGAGACAUGUACCCAAAGACGUGGCUGGGCAUGAUGGUGGGAGCGCUGUGCGCCCUGGCCGGGGUGUUGACCAUAGCUAUGCCGGUCCCUGUCAUCGUCAAUAACUUUGGGAUGUACUACUCGCUGGCUAUGGCCAAACAGAAGCUGCCAAAAAAGAAGAAGAAGCACAACCCGAACCCAGAUGCUCCGACUGACUCAGUCUCAUUUGGGAAGUCAGAAACAAACUCACACAGAGACAGCACUCAGAGUGACACAUGUCCGCUGGCUGCUGAGGAUAAUGUCAGCAGGAACCGUUCAGACUCCAAGCAGAACGGGGAUGCAAAUGUGGCCCUUUCAGAGGAGGAAGGCUGCAGCCUGACCCAGCCACUGUCCCCCAGUGAAAAGUGGUCCCUGCGGUGCACCCGGGGGCGCGACAAGACUAAGAAAGAGGCCACCUGCUUCCUCCUAACCUCUGGAGACCCCAACAUCCAUACUGAGAGCUGCAAAGACAUCCUUGCUGCCACUGGAAACUACGCUCAGCCAGAGGUCACCACACUGACCUGAUGCUGAUUGGCUGUGAAAAGGAGAAAGAGCAUGAACUUGCGGCAGAAUACACGCUGUGUAUAGCUUCAGCUCUCGUCCCUGCUUUUGUGUCGUUCCUAAAUGAACGGCAGACCGGAUUCUUUUUAUUCAAGACAGGAUUUUUUUUUUGUUGUUGUACAUCCUAAACCAUGUGGUACAAAAUCAGCUGCAUAGAAGAUGUACCACAUGCACACUCAUUUACAUGUUACAAAGCAUUUUGCAUGUAUUGCAUGAUAUGGCAUUGUAUAAUGUACUGUUGUCUUAAAGGUCCUGAAAACAGAUUUUCUCAGUUAGCUUCUUGUUAUGACCAACAGGGUCCUACAUGAACACAUUUUCUGCCAGUUUUGUAACAUUUUAGGUUAUUUCACAUUUCUGUACUCGGUUGGAAAAAGUUGAUGUCAUGUGUGUCUGUGCUCCAAUCAGGAUUUAGCAACAUUUGAAUCAGAAUCUGAUGACAGUUGGAGGGUUGUUAUUGCACUGUCAAUCAAAUCUUAUCAAACCAGACCCACACAGUCCUGAUGAAGCAGAUUAGCUGAGUUUUUGGGCCGUAAACUCUCAAUAAAUAAUAACUAUCUUAUUAUUUGUUGGUCAGCUUUGACUGUUGCUUGUUCAGUCAUGAAUAUUUAAUGUUAUCGAGGAAGAUUUAAGAUUUUCAAACAAAAUGUUCGAGGGCUUUAAUCUGAAGUGUGUCUGUUUAAACCAUCUGGCAACAUCUUUACUAAUGAGAUGUCGGUUGCAUUUGUUAGCCUGAUUCUUAUUUUUUUCUUUCACAUUUGGAGUAAUAUGUACAGAAAGUCAGUUUGUGCUCAUUUUGGAAGCAAAAAAAAAUCUAAACUUCAUCAUUUAGAUUAAUGUCUCAUAUCCAUAAAUGUUGUUCAGUGUCGAGUAAGAACUCCCAAACUCUAGUGAAUAUGGGUUUGUACAGCAAAAAUGUUACUGUGAACUAGGAUUAGAUAAAAACUUGAAAUCGUUGUUCGAUCCUCAUCAAAACAGACCCAGAGUUCUUUGUUGAUCAUCCGGUCUCUGCCUCUGCUUUUCAACACUGACCACAGGGACAACAUGCAGUUAUUUUGAUGAGAAACAGCGUGGUAUGAAUGCUGCUCAGGCAAGACAUUGUUUGUAAAUCCUUUAACAAUAAGAGAAUUUAACAAAAGAAAAAAAAAAUCAAUGGAGCAGUAUUGUCUACUACAUCAGCCGUAUACAAUUAAUGCAUCAUUACUGGUUGAGUCUGGACCAAAUGUAGUCUCUUAGGUUACAUGGUAGAUUUUCAUUACCAUUCUUAGUAAAAAAAAAAGAAAAAAAAGAAAUACAUACAGUGCAAUGCCAUCAGUUCCACUUGUGCCUCAUGUUGAGUAAUGGAGCUUAAGUGUGUGCAGUAAUGUAAUUAGAUUUGUUCCUCAACACUUCUGGUUGUGCCGGAUCUGUAGAAAAUCUGUGACAUGUUUCCACAGAGAGAGAAGUAGGAGGAGUGUGGUUUCUUUCACUUGUGGCUUAUAAUAUAUUCCUCAUGGUCUACCAUAGUGGCCUUAUGUUUAAUAAACAAAGGGAAAGUUCAGUUAAUCUUCAUUAGACUCCAGCUUUGUUUCUAUGCUGACCCAGAGGUCUGUAAUUAUGUAUAAGCACAGUUGUAUGUAUGUAGCAGAGUUCACCAUUGUGGAUCAUUCAUUAAACUCAUUUCUCCUCUGAAUAUGACAUGCUUAUGCACCAUGAAAGAGCUGUUAACCAAUAAUGAAAGAUUAUUAUUUUGAUAAUUCACCUAUUUAGCCUCAUUUCCUGUUUUCUCUGUUGUAUAUACUCGAAUGUGCACACAGCACAUCAGUUUCAUAUCUACCCCAUUAUGGAUUGUAUAAGUGACUGAUGGAUUUUAACCCAGUCCAACUGUCAGAUAUGUGUGUGUGUGUGUGUGUGUGUGUGUGUGUGUGUGUGACUGUUGUAUCAUGUAGGCAUGUGUUUCUAUGCAGAAAUAGAAAUAAAAUCCAUUCCCCCCUGGUGUUGAAGAGAAAA